GACCACAAUGGCCAGGUAAUUACAUUUCUUGUCCAAAACUUUCCCUAGAAAAAGAUAGAGAGUAACCCACAACAAAGCACUCCCCAUUCAAUCUCCUCCUGCCACCUCAGCACCUUCCUCCUUUCUCACCUCAUCCAUCCUUCUCCACUAAUCUCCCUUCCUCAGAAUCUAAAAACCUUCUCUCCACACUCUCUUCUCAAUCCCAAAACCUAUUUCUUCUUCUUCUUCCUCUUCAAAAUUCUCCCUUCAAAAGGGCAAAAAAAACUUUAAAAACCCUGGAAAAUGUCUCUCACAAUUCCCACAAGUCUCUUUAAACCCCUAUUGAAACCGAAGCUUAAUCCUCAAAAAUGUUCAAGACCCAUGAUCAUGUGCUCCGCCUCUCCGACCCCAGAUCAGAAACCCUCUUCUCCGCCGCUUCAGGCAUUCUCCGCCGCGUUGGCUCUCUCCUCCAUCCUCCUCUCGGCCCCACUCCCGGCCGCGGCUGACAUCUCAGGGCUAACUCCGUGCAAGGAGUCAAAACAGUUCGCGAAACGUGCGAAGCAACAGAUAAAGAAGCUAGAAUCUUCGUUGAAACUCUACGCACCCGACAGUGCUCCGGCGUUGGCCAUUAAAGCGAAGGUGGAGAAAACAAAACGGAGAUUCAAUAACUAUGGGAAACAGGGUUUGCUUUGCCGGUCGGAUGGGUUGCCCCAUUUGAUCGUGAGCGGCGAUCAGAAGCACUGGGGCGAGUUCAUUACCCCGGGGAUUUUGUUCUUGUACAUUGCCGGCUGGAUCGGGUGGGUUGGACGAAGCUACUUGAUCGCCAUUAGCAACGAGAAGAAGCCAGCGAUGAAGGAGAUUAUUAUUGAUGUUCCAUUGGCUUCACGGUUGCUGUUCAGAGGUUUCAGUUGGCCGGUUGCGGCUUACAGAGAGUUCCUUAACGGUGACCUUGUCGUCAAGGAUGUGUAAUCUAAUUGCCUCCUCGGGUUUGUCAUCGUCCGUAACCUUUGAAUUGGUGUUCGGGUUCGAUUCAAAUCGAAAUUCGAUAAUCCAGUUGAAUUUGGAUUGAAUCCUCGUUAUUGUAUCAAUGAGCUUCAACAAUUUCUUCUGUCAGCUCAAAGGAACUCAAGCUCAAAGUCGAAUUUAAAUGGAUCGUUUAGGAUUUAAAUCAAACCUAAGUCAGCAUAUGUUUAAGCUUGAUUUGACUCAAAUCUGGCCAUAUCUGUUUUUGAGUGAUAGGGUUGUUAGUGAUAGUUUCUCAAUUAUUGGCAGUGGUUGUGAAAGCACUCGAAAAACGAUCAUAAUGAGAAACUUUAUACAGUAUUUAUAUAAUUAAAUAAUUUUGAAUUAAAAAUAAUAUAAUAUUUAAUCAUUCAA